UUAUGCCUUGCCUCAAAGAAACGACAGUCUUGUCAGCUAAUUAUUUCUAACACACAAACAGCAUUCUUGUCUAACGUUGUUUUUCAUGUAAAAUUCUAAGCCUUUUAAAGGCAGUUUUAGUGCUUAGGUGUUCAUCCAGGUUCUCUGCAGCCCUUGCUACUUUGCACUUACAUUACGAGGAAGGUGAAGAAGAAUGGAAACUAAAGAUACCUGGAACUACCUGUAACAGCUGCAGAAGGAAAUGGGUCGGGUUUUCUCUCGACUAGAUGAAGAUAACACAAGUACAUCUAAGUGACUUCUACCAUGGCCUCAGCAAAUUGAUGAUGAAAAUAAGGAAACUGUGGGAUUACUCCUUUCAGCUUCCCUGGACAAUGGAAGAAGAACCUAUCACCUCUACUUUGUUGCCACCUGGGAAUGUUCCACAAGAUGCUAGCUUGACCCUGGAGCAGAAAACCACAUUUGUCUUUGUGAUCUUAUUAUUUAUUUUCUUAGGCAUCCUCAUUGUCCGAUGCUUCCGAAUUCUCUUAGACCCCUACAGGAGCAUGCCAACCUCAACCUGGGCUGAUGGACUUGAUGGGCUAGAGAAAGGCCAGUUUGAUUAUGCCCUGGCUUAGACUGAGACUCAGAAAUACCAUUUAGAGGAGUUUGGCUUAAAAAAAAAUCCUGGAAUGUAGAUUUAUUUUCCCCCAAUUUUCUCAGAUAUUAUAAAAGCUGCUUUGCAUGACUGCACAAAACAUUAAUUUGUUUUUAAAUAAAUGUCAAAGUGAGUUAAACAUUUGAAGAUAGACUGGUGAUUCUCCUAAUGGAGGGAAAAAAUAAAACAACUGCGCUUCAAAACAUAUUGAAACAAUAUAUAACAUAGAUGGUAUCUUAUGACUCAGAAUAGUACUUUGAUUUGUAGUUGCUGGAGAAAGCCUUAUUGUUUGAAAGUAGCUUUUUUACAAGCAUCAGUAGAUUUACUGGUGGGGUAGG